GUUGUGGCGGUGAUGCUGCAAUGUCGGAAUACCAUAGACCGUGGCUUGCUCAGACUCUCCUGGGCUUCCUUAUUCACUACCACCUUUAUAAUCAUCAGUAAACUCUAUUUCUCUGUGGUAAAAUCGGUGCUGGAGGUGGUGCUGGUGGUGGUGGUGGUGACGUCCCGGCGGAGUAUUGGAACGCUUGGUGGUGGUGGUGGUGGUGUUGAGCCGCUGCGAGCACCACUCAGCGCCGGUGUGUCCUGUGCCUCCCUCCUCCUGUAGUGUGUCCUGUGCGCCGCCCGUGACUCCCGCCCUGCCCCGGAAAUGUGCCCCCAGUGUUUUUAAGCCGCCCGUGACCACCAUGACUCGAAAUAUGAAGACCAACAAGGACGCGGAGGCCUACGAUCGGGAAUAUGACGGAUUUCUGAAGCAGCUUGAAGACUUCCAUCAGCAGAGAGGGACCGUCUUCAAGCGUCUCCCGAGGAUCAAUGGGAAGGGAGUGGAUUUGUACCUUCUCUACGUGGUGGUGACGGCGCGCGGGGGCUGGCAGAAGGUUAAUUCUCGGUGUGAGUGGGAGGACAUCCUCGAGGACUUCCGCCUCCCCGCUGGCUGUGUCAACUCCGCCACAGCCCUCAAGCAUAUCUACAUAAGAUACCUUGAUGCAUAUGAACGUGUCAACUUCCUCGGCGAAGAUGGGGAGGAGCGUGGAGCGGAGAUGGAUGAGGGAGAGGACUCCAGACUGAUGAGGACCAAGCGUGCCAUCCGGUCCCUCAACACAGUACCACUUUCAUACAACCACCAGCAGCACAAUGUUUUAGAAUCAAUGAGGGGUAGCGGUGGCAUGUCUGUGGACCUGUACAGACCCUCACUGUAUGACAAGCUGGCCCUGUCCUUGAUCUCCCCCCUGCCCAAUGAGCACGACUUUGCCUUCAACGUGUGCACCAUCCUGAGCAAUGAGGGCCGCCACGUGCUACAGCUCACACACUGCCCUGUACUGGUGGAGCACAUGCUGGGACACACAGGGGUCUACAGGGAUUGGGAUACUCAGAAAUUUUUCCUGACCAAUUACAAAGAAGCCAAAGGGAGAAGCCUUAUUCAGUUCUGGAUUGACUCGGUGUAUGACCGCAGUGUUCUGGACCUCCUGAUCCCCUCCAGUACGGACCAGAAGUCAAUCUGUGACGGGGUCGGGGAGCUGAGAAGAUACAGUCUGGUGGACCUUUCUAGUGGUGCUAUAGAUAAUAAGAAUUUGCUAAAUCUGAGUAGUGAUAGUCUGGAGAUAUUUGAUGACAAGGAGGAUGGUGCCGAGGACACGUGUGAGAACAUUCUGGGGGACGGGUGCAUAGCGGGUGGCACGGCCUUAAACAUUGGUGGCAGGCUAAACAGUGGCAACUUUGACACUCUGUGUGACUCAGGAAUCAGGAGAGUCCCGCCACUGGAGAUGAUCACCCAGGCCCUCCGAAGAGACCCCAUUCUCAGGAGACUAGAGAAGGUCCUGGAGUGUGAAGGCAGCGACCUCAAAUUGGCGAAGGACGAUGGGGAAAUAUUCCACCUAGGGAGAGAUCUGGGGUCACAGGAUCCAGAAGGGACAAGAAUAAGCCAAAUCCUUCACGUUAUUCGCAAUUUAUCCUUUGAGGAGCACAACGUGGGCAUCCUGGCACGCUCUCACACAUGUCUAAAGUUUUUAGUCCUGUGCAUCUGUUCGCGGUGGGGUGGCUUGGCAGUCAAUGCUCUGGACACGCUGGGCAACAUAGCACCGGAUGUAACGCUGCAAGAGCCCAAGGUUGACUCCUGCUCCGCUCUCCUCCUGGCCAACAUCUGCCACGGUGUCUCUUCCCCUGACAGAGCGUUUGUCCUCAGGUCUCUAGAAAUCCUCAACAAGCUAGCUAUGAAUGACCCCAAUGAGGAAAUUCUCAACCACUACAUAGACUCCUCGGUGUAUGAUCAGAUCUGCCGCUAUCUAACCAUCCACGACAUCAUGCUGCUCAUCUACACCCUGGAGUGCCUGUAUUCCCUCUCCUCGCUGGGCACCCCGGCCUGCAACGCCAUCGUGCGGGCGAAGGGCUCCAUCCACACCCUCAUCUCCCUCCUCACAGUCGAGGCACAAAGCUACGGCCCUGAGGCUUGUAUUGGUAUGAAGGUCCACAUCUAUCUUCCUCAGGUUGUGGAAACAGUAACUGGUGUCGUGAGUGAACCCGAGCCAGUGAGCCAGCCACCGCCACCUGCCCCGGCCCCUGCUGCCACCGCCACCACUGUGGGUGUGGCAGCCGUGACUCCAGCCACACCAGUUGUCGCCAUCAGCAACCCUGUCACUGCCGUGCCUGUUGCCACUGUCACCCCUAAGGCCUCCAUUAUCAAGGCGGUCUCAACUGUCCCUGUUACUCCUUCAGUUGCCUCGGAAGUUCCCCCAGACGUUGAGGAGUUUGUCAAGGACUGGGUCACCAAGAAUUAUGAGGCUGCCCCCGGCAAUGCCAUAGAACAGGCCAUCGUGUACCGCCACUUUGCAGCCUCCAUGCAGUCCCUCGGCCGCAAGCAGGGCCUCAACCCGGUGCUCUUGUCCAACUGUGUGAGAAAGGUGUUUGGGACGGGCGUUGGCCCCAGCAGACGACCCGUGGAUGCUGGCUCCGAGAAGUGGCACUACAACGGCAUUCGACGACGGGACGGUAUCGUGAUGCCUCCGCUGCCCGACAAGAAGAGAGGAGGAGUGCGACUGAACAACACCGUGCCGAUAUACACGCCGACGCCUGUCCUGCCCCCGGUGAACAGCAUCAGUGCCCAGGUGACUAGUGAGGGAAGGGCCGUGGGAACCAUUAUAGGGGCGCCACAGCUGGUCACCACAUCAGCUCCUCCGUCUGACGCUGUUAUAUCUCCUUCCUCUCCCAUCCUGAAGGCGCAGCUGUCCGCCCCCCUCAGGCCGUCCCCGCCCCCGCCCGCCAGACCUCCGCAGGGCAUGGUGAGUGGUACCAUGUCUCAGGGUGUGUAUAGCAGUACUCAGCAGCAACAGUCCCCACAGCAGUCACAGCAACAAGCUCAACCUGCAAACAGCAGAACAGAUAAUUCUGCCCUUAUCAAGAGUCUUUUGGCCAACAAGGUAACUCCAGCGGGAGUAGGUCAGGCAGGCAGCAUGGACCCACACCCCUCCCACCAGUCUCCUCAUUCACGACCCCUCCUGGCCCCCUCCACACCACCACAGCAACCCAGGGGUGCUUCAGGUGCUGUGUCCUAUGUGCAGGCACUAUCCCAGGGUCCCCUGGGGCCUGUGGGACCCAUGCUCAGUCCCACAAGCAUAGGGUGCACCUCUGGGAUGCAGGUGGUGUCUGGAGGCGUGGCCGGGGGUGCAGGGGGCCAGCACGGACUGCACCAGCCACCACCACCACCGCCGUCGCCAGCACAGGUUUCUCGAAAUAUCCAGAAACAGCAACAGCAGCAGCAGACCACAGACACCAGCCAAGACAGCAGUGGGGAUUCUCAAGUUAGGAAAACAUCUUUCAAUGGGAUAUGUAAUGAGAUAAAGAAGUGUGAAGAUGACUCCAAUUCCCUGCUCUCUGGUGGCCUCAUUGACAAGAAGGUAACAAGUUUUGAGGGUAUACUGCAGAAUGGCAUCAAAGCUGAAAUUGAUAUCAAGGAAGAGCAAGUAGAGCCCAAGGCCAAGAAGAAUGUCCUGGCCGACCUCCUGGAGAAGACAGUCGGGGGAGACAUUCUGAACGGAGUCGUUGAACGUGAGCUUAGAAUAAGCGACCGAGGCAUAGAGUUUGUGAACAACGGCCAGCAAGUUAAAGUUAAUGGUCCCGUAACGAGUAAUGGGCAGGCCGGAACAGAGACGGGGCAGGGUGUAAAGAGGCCAGCCACCCCAGACAACACCCCUGCCAAGAGGAUAGCCAUCGAGGACCCAAGAGCUGGAACAGACAGUCGCAUCACCCUGUACGUCAGUCAAAACGGGAACGAGAGUGGCGAGGUGAUUUCCCAAGGACAUCAGGUGGUACUGAGUCAAGGGCAGCAGCUGACAGCCACCAAUGCCAGUGGUGCACCCCAGCAGAUGAUGGUGAGCCAGGCGGUGCUGGCAGGUCAGCAACAGGGAGCCGCAACGCAGACGGUCGUCACCCCACAGGGACAAGUGAUCCUCCAGCGCCCUGCCACCCAGACAGGAAUGAUUGUGCAGCAGGGCGGCCAGAUCAUCCAAGGGGCCACAGCUGGGCAGGUCAUCCAGCAAGUUAUCCAGCAGGGACAGUCUGGUCAGCCCCAGAAGGUCAUUCUACACCAGGGACAAGUGUUAGGUGGGCAGAUGAUUCUCCAGAACAGUAGUGGCCAGCACCAAGUGCUAGUGCAGGGAGGGAACAACUUUCAGGGACAGGUCAUCAUGCAGGGUGUCCCUCACUGCCAGGGGCAAGUGUUUAUGCAGGGAAACAAUACUCCGGGUCAGUUAGUGAUGAGCAAUAGCCAGGGCCAGACAGUGGUGGUGUCGGGUGCCCACCAGGCUCAGCAGCAGGUGGUGGUGUCCAGUGCUCAGGGCCAGGCCAUGAUAGUAGCUGGAAACCAGGGUCAGCCUAUGGUAGUGAGUGGACAGCAAGGCCAGAGUGGCCAAGUAGUGGUGCCUAGUAAUGUAGGUGGCACAGUUUUGCUGGCCCCCCAGCAGCAGGGAUCCACGGCAAAGACACUUAUUAUAUUGCCCAACCCCAAAAUGAUUAUGUCAGGGGGCCAGCACCAGGGUGCUCAGGGCCAACAGUUGGUGCUGCCUCGUCAGGUGGCCGGCCAGCAAGUGGUGCAGGUGGUGUCCUCCAGCACGGCGGGGCCCGUGCCCUCUGUGUCCACUGCUGUGAGAACUGUGCACGCCUCCACCGCAGUGGCGGACACCCGUGCUACCCCCACUCCUCCCCCGGUCCAAAUUCAGAGUUCUAGUGGUGGUAGCAGCAGUGUCAGUGUAUCCACAUACAGUGCUCAGACUUCAGCAACCCUCCCCACUGCCAUCGCCCCAGCCCCAGCCGGACCCACGGCCGUCCCCGUGUCACAGACUUCAGUGAGUGUGGGGCCCCAGACACCCCACGUCCCAGCCCCACAGGUGCUCUCCUCGGGUGUGGCAAGGCGGCCGGGCAAGCCCAGUGGUUUACAGUAUUUGUGUGAGUGGCGGGGAUGUAAUCAGGUGUUCACGAGUGCAGCUCAGGUGUACCACCAUGCCUGCAAGAUACACUGCCCGCCACACAUCGCAGAGAUCCAGUGUGGCUGGGCAGGCUGCGACCCCAUGGUGAGGCGCAGGUUUAGUGCCAUGACUCACCUCCACGAUCGGCACUGUAAUGAGCAGCUGCUACAGAUCCAUGCUGUGAGGAGAAACCAGCUAGCCACCACAGGCAAGACGGAAAUACCUGUCCCCCAAACGCCGCCACCUCACCCAGGUUAUGCCCCCAAUGCAGCCUUCCAUGCCAUCAAGAGGCAUGCACUGGAAGUCAUCAAUCAGAGAGAUGCAGUGGAAAAAGAGGGACCUGUAACGAAAAGUAUCCGGCUGACUGCAGCACUGAUCCUGAGAAACCUAGUCAUAUACUCUAAUACUGGAAAGAAGUUGUUGCGUGGAUACGAGUCUGAACUAGCAAAUGUUGCCCUUAGUACGAUGGAAUCCUCACGAACCGUGGCGCAGAUCCUAUACGACAUUCGCCUGCCAGACCACCAGGGCUUAUAGGCAAUAGGAUCCCUGUCUGAGGAACCUGAGCAGUCUGGCCUUCAUGGUGGUUGCUUGAAGGGGAUUCAGAUCCAAGACUCCCUUGAACUCUUCCCCAGCAGAUGAGGAAAUGAAGAGGAGAGUGUGUGUUCUAGAUAGAGAGCAAACUCGAGUAUUAGUCCAUUUAGAACUUUUUCAUCUGCGACUGAUAUGUGAUGUGAAGUCGGUGGAAGCGCCACAAGUCCCGUUCGUGUGAACUUGGCGCAUCAAUAGUGCAAUUACAAAGCUUCAGAGGAGACGAGUGUUGACUGAGAAAAGAAGUGAGUCGUGAGGUAUUUAUGUUGUGCCAGUGAUCAGGUGAAACGUUUGUGUUUAUGCUUGUUGGAGACGUGUCUUUUUUCUUUUUUUCUCUGGUUCUUUUGACGUUUAGGUACAUUGUAUAGAAGUAAUUUUCUUUUACUAUUUAUUUUUAUUGAUAUUCUACUCCUCCUAAGUUCAAGCUUGUUUAGCCAGUGUUGCAGUGUAGAUACUGCAGUAGUUGGGUAUUUUGUUUUAAUGAGUAAUCUCAAAUUGCUACGAUUCUAGACCAGUUAAGCAUAAAAGAUGGAUCUGUAAGCACAAUUUUGUAAAUUUUGUACACAGUGUAUAAAUAAUAUUAACUUCUGUACAUGUAGACUAAUAAUAGAGAUUGUUUCUUCUGCUGAAAGCAAGUUAAAGACAAGUUUCCUCCAGUCCACAGUGUUGAGAGAGGCAGCUGAGGGUGAGGGUGCAGGCCCUGGGCGGCGGCAAGCCCCAGGACGCGCCAGACAGCAAGGGGAAGUUCUUGGAAGGAAAAAAGUUGUGAUACCAAAUAUAUAAUCUUGUUUUUAUAGAAAAAUGAAAAGUACAUGAAAAGCUAAUUCUAUUUUCUAUCAUUAUUUGUAGAAUUAUAGAUAGUAGUAUAUUAUUUUUUACCAGUUUGACAUUUAGAUAAUGGGCAGUGAAUAUUGAUUUUUAUGAAUAAUUUCUGUAAAUGUGCAUCAAAAUGUCCCUUAGUUCUAUGUGUACAUCAACGGGAGAAGGGGAAGCAUUGUGGUCAAGAUUGUCCUGAACUUGAAAGUCACUAUAUAAACUGUACCUGAGUCUCAUUUACUUUGUACACACAUUCACAUCAUUGUUUUCUGCUAUUUAGGUGUUAUUUUCAGGCUGGGACAAGAAUCCGCUAAUUAACGAAGGCUACACUGGACUGUUUGUAACAAGCUGAGGCACUUGGAAACAGGGAGUGCGAGGGGGACAAGAAUGUGUAGUGCUAGGCCUUACUGGGGAUGGUUUUGUCCACCCACCAACACUGCUGCUGCCAUCGUCUAAUCUGAUGCAUGUUAUUUAUUUAGUCAUUAAUUUGCACUUAAAUGGGUUUGUAUGUGUGUGUGUGAGGUAUGAGUGUAUGUGAGAGCGAGAGAGAGAAAGGAAGUGUGUGUGUUUUGGUACAUUGUGGUUGUCUGCCAAGCUCCACCCCCACCCCCCCAGCGGUACCUUUGCAUCAGAAGACACAUGUUGGUGGGCACAAACUAUUAUACGUCCAAUCAAUCCUCCUUAGCCAUGUAAUAUCCGACUAAUGGUUGUGUGUAGUCUCCAGCAGCUCCCCAAUGAGUGGUGUUGGGCACAGGGGCGUGGCAGCAGCAGUGGGCUCCUCUCUCCCAACUUUCUUUACCAUUCCCACGUGAACUUAUUAUUAUUAUUCCUGCUCCUCCCUCCCUCCCCUCACACACCCCACACAAACCAGUCCCUUCAUCUUCUUUUCUUCCUCCCUUCCUAUUCAAACUCACUGAUGCACUGAGCCGUGUCUUCUGUUGAAACAACUCGCCAGACGUCAUUAUAAUUUUUUUUAAUAAAAUAUUGUAAAUGUU